GGUGGAACACUGCGUUGCUGCGAGCAGACUGAUUGAUUUAUUUAUAAACUCUGUGAGAUAACCCAGCUCCGGCUCUCUGGUUUAAAAAAAAAGCACGGAGGGACGCAUGCGCCCAGCCUGUUUGUUUGGGAGUGAAAUGGAGUGAGUGAGUGAGUGAGGCAGGGAGCUGCAGUGGGAUCUUGCUGUGCGGAGUGGGGGAGGUCGGCUCGCACUCGCACGGAGCCAGAGGGAAAGCUGCUCAGGGACUGCCCGCUGCUGAUCCAACUCAACCCUGUGCCCAGGCUAACAGCAUGCGGCUGUGCACCCUGAGUGCUAUACUGCUGGCUACAGCUUCUCUUAUAGAAACUCCCCAGUCAGGACACUUCACCACAUGUCCAAAGGAGUUGAUGAGUUACUGUAUAGAAGGAGAAUGUCGGUUUAUACAGUCUGAAAAUAAGCCUUCGUGUGUGUGUAAAUUUGGCUACAUCGGCUCCCGAUGUGAAUUUCUGGAUAUCUUCUAUCUAACUGGAAGACGGGACAAGUUCAUCGUUGUGGGGCUGGUUCUGGCCAUUUUGCUGCUCAUGAUUGCAAUAAUAAUCACAUGUUUUUGUGUGCACCGGUUCCGCAGGAGGCACAAAGCUAAGAAAAACAGUCGUGAAGAAGCUGAAGUUCUGAGCUCCGAGCCACUGGAUGGGAAGGACUCGCGAGCUGAAGAUGAAGACACUGCAAUGACCACUCUAGCCUGACAUCGACAUGGGUAGGUUUGAGGUACCUGCAGGCAGGAUUUACCUUCGGAGACUCCUCAAAAUAUGCCAGCUUCCUGUUGAAGCAGCAGACUUUAAUCUGAAAGGACGAUGGAUUAAAUUUAGGAAAAAGAAUGAAAAUGUUACUCACUAUACUUCAACUAAAAUAACAAUCAUCGACAAUUUGCCCGACACCGGUACAACUGCAUUGUGUUUUCGAAAUAGUGCUGAAAAGACUCUGCAUCACAAACUGGGAAAUUUAGCAUGUAAGCUGGGCACACCCUGACAGGGUAAUUCACAGUUCUAGACUAUUCUUCAAACAGACUUGCAGUUUGAGACCCCUUUGCCAAGAGCACUUCAUCUGUUCUUAUCUUGUGUACAAGUAUGGAAUCUACACGUAAGAAAAAGUAAAAUAUAAUGUUACUUACAAGACAUGGGACACGUGGGGAUACUGAAGCGUUUCCCUUCAUCUCAGCAAAGAGGAGAAAAUAGAUCAUACUGAGAAAGCAAAAUUUUACAACCAUCACCAGUCUUUGUGUUUUAAUUCCAUUUAAAAAAAAACACAUUUCUGAUCCAGGAUGAAAAUUGUGAAUUGUGAUGAACUUUGUUUCUAGAGCACAAAAAAUACACUGUUGCAAAUAUAAGUUCAGAUAUCACUUUCCUUUCAUAAAAUGAAUCACUUUAUUUUGUUAAUGUUGUUAUUUAUGAAUGCUGUUUUAAAAAUAUAGUGUUACUGAUGUAGAAGGUGUAACCAAGGGGAAGUUGGCUGGUUCCGUGUUCUGUGAUCAGUGUAUCAAAGCUGAGUAAAAUACCAACACAGUGUAUGAGUGUUAAAGUGGUUGUACUUUCUUCCUUACUGUCUUUGCAGCAAUGAUUUGGAAUUCCGAAAAUGAAAUGGAUGUGUUAUUUGCAGGUGUUGCAUUUAUUUGUUAUUUAAUAAAUGUACAUCAUUUCUUCA